CUCUACAAAUACAAUGAUAACAAUACUGGUUUUGGUGUGUGUUCUAAUUCAGUGCAAAAAAUCAGACACACUUCAGAUGUACUCGGAAGAUACACAAGUUCUAACAUUUUACUGCCCAACUUUUACUUCUGCAACUGUUGAUUUAUAUCUUGUCAUGGAUAACAUAGAAAACCUUCUAUAUACUUGCAUAACUACAACAAAACUAUGUAGUAGUUUAUCUAACGGAGGAGCUGCUUUGUUCAACAGUAGUGGUUCUUAUUUCCAAUUCAACCCAACAAACACAGCACAAAUUCGUUUAGUUAGAGGAAUAAUUUGUGUGUUUAUGUAUUAUAACUACACUAUAUCAAAUUAUACUGAGGAUGUUGUAAUUAUAGCCAAAGCACAAGGAAUUAACUGUUUUGAGUCAGUAUUGACCAAUAACAAUGCAAAUAUUUCUAUAACCUGCAAGGCAUCGAAAAUCUAUCCAGCUGCUCAAUGUACUUUCAAUAUUCCUGGACAAGUUUCCUACAGUCAUGUAAACUAUAAUGACACAGUGGAUUAUUUCCAAUCAAACUGUACAUGGACAUCAUCAUUACACAAUUUUAAAGCUGGAAACUAUACAUUGACUGUUACUUUUUACCCGUAUGUAACAAUUAAUACAAACUUUGCAACUAGUAUAUCAACAUCAUUUCAGUUCACUGUACCAAAUAUACUUCUUUCGAGAGAAUGUUUCGAAGGCCCAAAUAUUGUUGAUGGCUACAUUAGACCUGGAUCUAUUGUCACUUGUGUGUGUUACUUAGAUAACAUAGGAUAUCCUCCUGCAAUUCCGCAAUGGUUAGAUAACAACAAUUUAGGUUUAGGAAUCGCAAUAAAUAGUACGGCGACAAGUUUAACUAUUGAACCAUUCUCUAAUGAUGUCAGGUAUAAAUGUUCAAGGUCAACACAGCUAUUAAAUGGCGACUUCUCAAUACUUUAUACAAUAAAUCAUGCCAGAGGUCCAAACAUGUGUUCUGUUGAGCUAAAAGAUCUAACAAAAUCAAUCUGGCAUAUGUGUAGUCAAGAAUAUAUACAUUUGACUGUUAUUUGUAAAGUCGAUCUUGUUAAUUCUGUACCAGGUUUCAAAGCUAUAAUUAGUAUCAACUCAAUCUAUUUAAAUGUAUUAGACGGUCACAAUGUAUCUGACACGUCUCAAGUAUAUCAAGACAUUAAUAUUACAGAAGUAGGAACAUAUUCAAUUGGAUGUCAAGCUCAAAAUGUGAAAUUUCGAGACAUAAACAUUUCGUGCAGUUAUUUACUUCAAAUAUUUGGCCCACCAUUGACUCCACCAGUGAUUCAAAUUGCAAACACUUCAACUUACACUGAGGAAGGAAUACAAGAGAAUAAAGUCUAUACUGUACAGUGUAAAACAUUUGGAGGUGUACCUCUGGUAAAUAACAUAACAGUAUCAUGUGGAAACAUUGAAUCAACUCAAUCUGGAAAUAUCUUUACAUCUUCUAUACUAUUUACUAGAUUUAUGACUGGACAGAAUUGUACAUGUACAGCUCAACAUAUUACUGGAUGUUAUGAAAACAAUACAAGCACUUUACAACUAAAUAUUUUAUACAAAUCCGCUGUUAUAGAAUUUAAUGUCACUAGCAAUAUAAUUGAAAAUGGAAAAUCAGUACAAUUUUAUUGCGAAGCAGACGGCAAUCCCACACCUAAAAUGUUUAUUGUAAAAGAAAAUGAAACUAUUGCUCAAAACUCCAGUGGAUAUUAUCUCUACUAUAACAAAUCAAUGUCUUGUAGAGAUGCUGGUUAUUAUUUUUGUCAAACCAACAAUGGAAUAGAUGUUAACAGUGAAGAAACAAAACAAGUCACUGUAUUUGUUAGAUGUCCUUUACAAUUUACUUCUAAUGAAAUUCUCAAGAAUUUUAGUCUUCAACAAGGAAUGUUAUUUUCCUACAAAUUUACUGUGUAUGGAUAUCCAGAACCAGAUAAGAUUACAAUUUUCAAAUCUAAUCAAGUCUCAAACAAUAUUAUAGUUACAAAUUCAUCAUUGGAACCUCCUUAUGUAACAGUAGAACUCAAGAUUUUCAGAUUGUCUCUUGCAGAUUUUGGUUUUUACACACUUCUCAUCUUUCAAAAUGGAUUAAAUACUUUGUCAUUGAAUCUUAUUAUAAAUGAAAAACUUGAGGUCAAUAAAGAGACAGGUAUAAAUGUCGGUGCAGUUGUAGGUGGAUGUAUUGCUGCUUGUUCGGUAGUAAUUUUGGUUGUGGUUGUUGUUGUGGUGAACAGAAAAUAUGAAAUAACAUGUAAGAAAAAAGUAUCAAAUAAAGAACCUAAAAAGACACAAACAUAUUCAGAACUUUCACUGUUACAACAACUAAAAGACAGACACAAUUACGAAACUCCAAUCCACAAUAGAAACUUGUCAAAUUAUGAAGUGACUGAUAAAACUGCAAACUACAUGAAUGUAGAAGAGAUGGAUACAAUGGUCGGAAACGAGAAUUCACUUUAUUGCAACACACAAAAUGAAAAUGUUCACCAACAAAUUACAAAGACAGUUGCUGGAUAUGACAAAGGUGUUUCUCAAUACGAAGAAAUCGAUAACAUUAAACCUUAGUAUGUUAUCGACAAAUAAAUCAAUCAAGCUGUGGAAGAGUGUAGCGCUGUGUGCUUCAAAUUGCUUAAGAGUGGACGGCUUUUAAUUUUUCAUCAAGGUUGACUCCCAAAGCUUUUUCCGAAUUGGAUAUUGGAUAUACCUGCAAGACAACAGUUUUUUUUUUUUAAUUCAGAGUUUUCCUUCUCAUAAUGGCAGGUUUCAAUAAAACGAAAUUCACAUAAUGGAUUAGACAUGAAUAAUGAGCCCGUCCUGUCCGAAACUUACUGGUUUAAAUGAAUGUUACUCGCCUUCGUCUCUUAUCCCAUUAAUGAAAACAAUCCCGCUGACCCAUUAUUUUGAGCUACACGUGAAAGAUCGAUAAAUACAAGAAAAACUGCUCUUUGCAAAAACUUUUAUAUUGAUACUUAAGACUAUUUAAUUAAUUAAUUAAUAUUUAAUAUAUUUAAUUAAUAUUUAAUGUUUGAAUGACUACUUCUUAGACAAACAAAUUCCUGUAUGAAACAUAAUAUCCGUAGCAACGGAUGAUAAAUGUACAAAAAAGGCAUUUCCAGUGUAAUUGGUGACUCCAGUAAUACCUAGUCAUUGUUAUAUUCAAUUGGUUUAAAUUUGAAAUUUAUAAAUAAAAAAUAUAGAUAUCU